CGUGAUUUUGUUGAUUUUGUAUGUGGCGCAUUUAGAAGUAGAAAUUGUUUCGUAUAGCUAUACAAACAUUUUUAAACCAUGGAAUGUAUGCUUGUAGAAAUUGUAUAUAUAUUUCUGAUGGUUUUCAACGAAUGUUUCGCUCCAAGUGCUAGCGCCUUCAUUGGCGCCAGCGGGCGCGCAUUGUACGCCGACUCAAGCAACAACGGUCAACCACAACCUAGCUCUAACUGCCCGCUUCCAAAUACGAUUCCCGGGCAGACUAUCGAUCCAGAAAAGAUAACAGGAACAUGGUACGCCUACUCUGUAUGGCAGACCAACAUAACUCAAGCCGCUGUGGAUGCGUCCGGGAUUACGAACUACAUCAAUUAUUUCACCAGCUUCGGCAAGAGCCACUACCCCACCACCGAUGUACCAGCCAGUGUCAUUCAGCAGGAACUUGCCUAUUCGAUAAAUGGUACAUGCUUGACCUCGAUCGAAGCAUCACAUAUCAGCACGGAUGGACGACAGUUAGGGACAGCGUACGAUCUUAGUACCACACCGGAAACAGCAAGCAUUGACCAGUCAGUUGUAAUAGCCACGGAUUACACAUCCUAUAUCCUGUUCUAUACUUGCGCGAACUACAAGGCCAGCACGGGAAUAUGUGGUGACCCGCAACUCUCCGUUCUCACGCGGAAGCUCCCGCCCGCUCUGUCCACCGAUGAACGCAGUAUCAUCAGUACAGCGGUCAUCAGCGCCAUCAAGCCAUACUGCACGAUUGAUUUUAAAGAUUUUGUUCCAUAUGGCGCAUGGACUACAACACAGCCCAUGUGUCAGCCCACCUCUGGGGCAGGGAGCAGCUGUUACCCGACCCUGCUGGCAGCUUAUAACAGCACCGUCUUUACCAGUUGAACACCCCGAAACGUUCCCUUUUCUAUUUUUUUCUAAUGAUGACUCACGCUGCACGUAUUUCUUUGCUGAUGUGCACUG